UUUAACAAUCACUUUCAUCUUCAAGAUUUCCCUUCAAAUAUUGUUUAAAGUAAUGGCGAUUUACUUAGCAGUCUGCAUGAUUUGGCUGAAAAUUUAUAUAGCAUUUGCAAGUGUCCUUAAGAAUGAGUCAUGCAUCGAUGGUGUAACUAUUGUAUUAAGCUUUGGUUUAUACCAAAACAGUUGUCCAGAGGCAGAACCUAUCAUCUUUUCUUGGGUCGAAAAAGCGGUUUCUGAUGACCCAAGAAUGGCUGCUUCUUUGCUGCGACUCCAUUUCCAUGAUUGCUUUGUUAAUGGAUGUGAUGCUUCAGUGUUAUUGGAUGACACAGCAAAUUUUGUUGGAGAAAAAACUGCAGCACCAAACUUGAACUCACUGAGGGGAUUUGAAGUGAUUGAUGCAAUAAAAGCUGAUCUUGAAUAUGCCUGUCCACAGAUUGUGUCUUGUGCCGACAUUCUUGCUGUUGCUGCUAGAGAUUCUGUUGUUUUGUCAGGUGGUCCUGGCUGGGAGGUACAACUGGGCAGGAAAGAUAGUUUAAGUGCUAGCAAAACAGCAGCCAAUAACAAUAUCCCAGGCCCAAAUUCUGAUGUGCCCACAUUAGUAUCCAAGUUCCAAAAUGUCGGGCUCUCACUCGAAGAUAUGGUCGCGCUCUCUGGUGCACACACAAUGGGAAAAGCUCGAUGCUCGACUUUUAGCUCUCGAAUAAACGGCAACAAUGACCCGAACUCACCAGACAUUAAUUUGGAGUUCUUACAGUCCCUCCAGCAACUAUGCUCGCAAUCUAAUUCCAACACAACACUUGCAGAUCUUGAUCACAUGACCCCAUCAAUGUUUGAUAAUCAGUACUACAUCAAUAUUCUUUCGGGUGAGGGUUUACUUGCGUCCGACCAGGGGCUAGCCACUGGCAAUGACAGGACACGUGAAAUCAUCCAGACUUAUGUGGACGAUCCAUCUGCAUUCUACGAGGAUUUCAAAAACUCGAUGCUGAAAAUGGGAAGCUUGGUAUCUGUAUCUAGUGGCGGAGAAAUUCAUAGAAACUGUAGGGUUGUCAAUUAAUCUGAUUCUAGCAAAAGAAGACUGGCUUGUUCACUAGACAUGCCUCCUAAAUUCUAACUCCCAAUUAUGAAAAGAAAAUUUAACAUCUUUGGA